AUGGGCUUCUUCGACACCAUCGUGCCGAAGCCUCCUCUACCGGAUGACAGCCUUCCUGGUGGCCGCUACACGCAUCGCUUGGCACCUCACACUGCUGAUGCUCAACCAACCUUCGCGACAUCAAGCCUCUUCGGGGACAACGUCAAGCGGAUCUCUUCUUCUCCUCACCGCGCCGCUUGUCAAUAUCUUUUUCAGGCAGCCGCUAUGGAACAGAGCAAUGGACAGGGCUUUGCGUCCAACAUUUCGAGACGCGUCCGCCUUUCGACAACAAGCUGGCGC